GUUGACGGAGCAGCACUGCGGGGAAGCUAGGAAGGAAGUUGAGGACAAGAACGACCUCUUCAGCGCUAACAGCGAGCCCUGAACCAACACCUUUUCCCCUUCCCCUGAAACGAUACCUUCCUGCCUCGUCCCCUCUACCAUGAAUCUUUGAAGAGAGAUCAAGAUCUCACUACCAUGAUCAGACGGAGCGACGUGAUGGGUUGCUUGUGGGUGGCGACCUGUCUUGCUUCAGCCCUUGCUAUCACUAAACCGGUUGAAGAUGACUCGCAGGAGAAGCAGGUGUUACCAGGUGAGGAGGCCUCGCCUUAUGUAACAUCCCGACUGUUGCCCUCCUACAGCAGUGACUCCUCAGGCUUCUGGCCCUUGCGUGGCAAGCGUCCACCCUCCGGAGACCUGACCACGGCGGGGAGGCGCACCCUGGUCAUGGGCAGUGAUGGGGCGUUCUGGCUAACCCGCGGCAAGAAGGCCUACCAGGGUCACCAGCCCUUCUAUUGGGGCUCCAACCAAGACCUGUGGGGGGAGACGCCCUACACACGCAAGCCGGGAGAAGGGGCGGAAGAGGUCACGUCCCUCCGUCCGCCAUCUCAAUUUCCUACUCCUGGGGAUACAAAGCAGAGCUCACGAGGCAAGCGAGACAGCGGAGGACCUUUCUGGGUCUCCCGUGGUAAGAAAGAUGGCGGGCCCUUCUGGGUAGCUCGGGGCAAGCGAGUAAUGGGCACCGACCUGGCUUGGGGCGCCAACCCAUGGAUUAUGGGCAUGCGCAGCCAAGAUGUCGACCAGGAUGACGUUAUUUCAUAUCUAAGCUCCGACGACAUUUUCUUCAGCAAGCGCGAGGGCGGAGGUCCCUUCUGGACUAGUCGCGGCAAGAAGCCAGCUGGUGGUGGGCCCGGCGGCAGCCCACCGUUGUGGGUGAGUCGUGUGGGCAAGUCGUCAGGGGACAAGACCUUCUGGGUGGCCAGGGGCAAGAAGGAGGCGCCACACACACAUCCCUUCUGGAUAUCACGAGGCAAACGGGACGACGCCAACAUCACCUCAUUCUGGGUUGCCAGAGGCAAGAAGGCAGGAGAAAGUCAUCCAUUUUGGAUUGCCAGAGGCAAGGCAGAUCAUGCGACACACCCGUUUUGGGAAAGAAGAGGGAAAGAUGAACCAGAAGGUCAUCCAUUGUGGAUAACUCGAGGGAAGAAAGAAGUAAAAACAAAACCAUUCUGGGUGUCGAGAGAAGAGUCGGACGGAGCCCCAUACUGGGUGUCUGGAGGGCGCAGGGAGGACCAGCGGCCCUCUGACGGUGGUGGUGUCCCCGUCCCACGGACAGUGGCACGUGACAGUCACGAGGACCCCGUCAUGGCGUACCUGCUACAGGUACUAGCAGAGGGACAGAAUGACACCGUGCCGGAGGACGCCCGCAGCAAGACCUGGCUGUAGGAUGACCUCCUUCACCGAGGGACUGGUAGCUCUCAGGGCCGCCAUCCACAUACCAUCAUCAGCACCCACUCUUGUCCACCUCUUGCCUCAUUAACAUAUCUGUAAAUGCUGAAGACCUUCCUCCCGCACCAGGGGGCCAGGAGGCGGUGUGGCCACCUGGCACCUUGGGCUAGGUGAGGUCAUUAUCAGGAUAAAGUGCUAAGCCUGUGUGAUUAUAUAGGACCUUUGACUAGUCUGUAGAGACCAAUAGGGAAUUGGAACCUGUAGUUACAUGACCCUGGAGCUAAAUCCCGAGCUGUGCCCCAGGGGUCUAGAAUGCGUGGACCUGUGGCAGGACCUGCCGGCGAGGUGAUGGGACUACACACUGCAAGACCAGAGGGGACUAAGCUUAGCGGUUGCCAGAUGAGGCAACCUCAGUAUUUAUGUAAUAAAUAAACAAACAAUUAAA